GCGCUGUCCUGCCGGGGCCUUUUCCCUGGACGCGGCUUUGGUUUGGUGCUUGACCCCGCGGCCGUGGGGCAGAGCUGUGCGGUCCUGAUGUGUGGGAGUGCGGCGCUGCUGUGCCAUGCGCUGCCUGCCAGAGGGCACGCAGCUGUGCGACAAGGGCUCAGGCCCUGGAAGAGCCCUUCUGUGUCCACGGGGCACGGCUGCUGCUCGGGGUUCCACAUCGGAGCGGCUGGCUGAGAGCUUUCUAUGCCCGGUCGCUGUUGCAGGCAGUCUCUAUAGGAGGCUGUUCUGCUUCCCAGCAAUAUGCCAGAGCUGCUGGUGCCGUGCUGGCAGACGGCUGGCGUUUGCACCGGGCAUUGCCUGCCUCAGCCGUGGCUGUGAGCGUGCAGUGGAUGCUGUGUGUUGGGUGGAGCCAGAAGGUCCCAAGCCACCCAGGGGCUGCUGGCUGCAAUGUGAUUUGCCUGUGCUGUGGUUGUGAGGCUGCCCAGAGGCUGCCCAACGUGAUCACCUUUCUUUCCUUCCUCGCAUCUCUCCUUUACCUCUUCAUUUCUCUAUCUCCAGGGCUGUCUUCGAAUGCACUCCAGAGGAGCAGAGCCAAGUUCUCUAAAUAGCCACCUCACAAUUCUUGUCUCUGUCCAGCACAACUGGCUGCUUUCUGGUGGAACAGUUUUUCAUCAUUCUGCUGCUGGCUGUGUGGGCCAGGGGGGGCACUGAGCAGUGCCUCUGCCCUGGGUGUUGGAGCUGCUGCUUUGUCCUUUGAGAGCUGGAGCACAGGUGGGCAGGUCCCAGGGGCAGGAAUGUGCUGGGGGAUUGCUGUUAUCACAGCAGUGCUGCACUGUGGGCACCUGAGCUCCGUGCAGGUGGGGAUGCAGUGUUCUCAGGGGUCUCUCCAGUGUUUCCCCUCUGCUCGCUCUUCCUUGGAAAAUCGCUGCUGUUGGUGAAGCCCCUUGAAGUUGUGGCACAGGGAGAUGCACUCAGGUACAACCAUACAUACAAGGGCCAUCGUGGGGCUGUUCCCCUCAACAGCAGCGCAGCUCAGUGCAGCUGUUGGAGUGUGUGGAGCUGCGGUGACGCUGCCCGGCUCAGGCUGUCGUGCUCUGCCCUUGCAGGGAAGCUAAAGAAAGAUGAACUUUAACUCCAGGGCUACUUUUAGCUGCUCUUCUCUGAGCUCUGUACAGCUUGUUUACCUCAGCGCUUGCGUCAUGCUGUGCUCAGCCCUGGUCACGUCAGCUGCUCUUUGGCUCUGCUCCAGCAGUGAGAGAAGAGGCAAACCACAGAGGCAGCAAACCCGUCAGAAUUGGAAGGGUUCAGCCCUCAGACUUUUUAAACCUGCCCCAGGGAGCUUCCCCGCAGCAGGAUGGGCUGCAGAGGGAUCUGUGUGGGAUUUGGGGCUGACAGUGUGGAAGCUUUCAUAAUGCAGGUGACUCUGUGAUCAGGGGGGUCACAGGGCCCCUUUUCCUCAAGGCAGAGCACUGGGAGGGGCGCCAGUAGUGCUGCGCUCAGGGAGGAAAAUCCUCUUCUCCUUCUGGCUACUUCCCGACUCCUUGCUGCUCCCAGACAUUCCCUGCCUUUCCACAUCCUCCUGUGACGCUGAUGGGUUGGCAGCCUCCAUCAGCCGCUCAGCAGAGCCGUCCCACGUGGUGAGAGCCCACGUCGCAGCAGGUUGUCUGGGUGCUGUUCACAGCCCUCUUCCCGUGAUGGUGUGGGGGGAGUUUGUCAGGUCAGGUACCUGUUGAGCUGAAGGCUGUAAAAACCCAAUGUGAUGUUUUGCAUGUGUGCUGACAUCCCUGGAGAAAAGGGCUGAAAGGGACCUCGUGGACUGGCAAGCAGUGAGCACAGCUCACAGCAGUGACCGUCCCCAAGGCUGCUGCUUCGCUCCCACGCAGUGCUGAAUCCUCUGUGGUGCCUCUUACUGUACUCGUGCCUGUGUUCUGCAGCCACUUCCUUCACUGCUUUGUGUGCCUGAGCUGUGAGGAGAUGCCUGCAGUGGGAUGAGGCUGAGCAGCUCAUGUUUCGCUUUGUGCAAGUUCUGUUUUACAGGGAUGAGUGUGGCUGAGCACUCUGCAGGGCAGCUGCUCCCUGGGCUGCACACAGGAAGGUGUGUCUGCCUCCUGUCCCGGUGGGGGCUCAGAUUUUACCGCUGGUGCUGUGCAGGUUUGGGUUCCAACACAGCCCAGCAAGACCCAGAGCAGAGCUUUGCUCAUGGAAGAUCUGCUUGGAUCGGGGAAGCGCAGGGCGGGAGCUGCGGAUGUCGGUGGUUUGUGGAUUCUCAGCUCUUGGCCGUGCAUUUGUUGCUUCAUUUCCCCCUCAGAGGCAGCACCUCACGCUUCACACCGUGCUGGCAGCCUCUAUAGCACCCAGCUAAAAGCAGUGAGUGCCUGUGAGAGCCCCCCGUGCUGCUGCAGCCGGACAGGCAGCCGGUGAGGGGCUGAGCCCACUGCAGGGCAGAGACCUUCGUGCUGUGCCUGGUGAGCAGCAAAGGGCCCAGCCUGUCGUGGUGCUAAAAGGAGAAGUCCUGGGGUCAAACAGAGCCUGGUCUUCCCUCGAGUCUGAUGGAGCGUCUGCCCCUUUACAGGCUCCUGUUUCUCCUCCUCCCUUUCACCUAUUGCUCUGUUAAAGCCAGGCUUUGUUCACGUGGUCUUCUCUAGAGAUUGCACCAGAGGCUGUGGUUCAAGGUUAAUGUCCUGUGGAUGCUGCUGCUGCCAUCUGGGCUGCGCAAUGCCGUGAGGCUCUAAAAAGCAGCUGAACUCCUUGUCAGGUGCCAAUGUCUGCCGGCUCUCCACAUCUCAUGGCGGGGCUGAUUCCCCUUUUUCUCCUCUAAGAAAAACAAUCCACAAACAUAGAGGAAGGGUCCCGUACAACAAACGCCAGGAAAGCACAACGUUCACUCAGUGGAAAUGUCGGACGGCAGAAGUCAGGGAGAGCUGCUGACUGAGCCGGUCUGUGCUGUGCGGCCGCUCUGGGGGCAGCUGUGGCACAGGGCUGUGGGUGGGCAGCAGCAGUCGAGGCCCCGGUGUCCCUUGCUGUGUGCUUUGAUUCCCUGUUCCCAACCCAUCCUGGAGCCCACGGGCUCUGCUCUGCUUUGCAGAAGGGGACUGAGCGCAGCGGAAUCAAGCAGCGGCUGCCUCCCGCCCGACCCCUGGCAGCUCAGGGUGGGCGCUGCUCCCAGCCCCACUGCCCCCAUCUUCCUCUGGGACAGCUCUGCUGUCAGCCACGUGCCAGCCCUGCACGGCCCUGCUGACGUGUCACUUGUUGUGGUUGUCUGCAAAAAUCAAACCACUUUCUGGGGGAAGUGAGCCCAUGCUGAGGCUCAGUGGUUCUCUGUGCCUGUGCUUCCUGCACAGCUUGCUGUCCCCUCAUUAGGCUGAGUUUGAUUUCUAUUGAUGCCGCUCACUUGAAAAUUGCUCCUUCCUCGUUUCUGUUGCUUCCUGGCAGUCUCCGCCUUCCGCACUUACUGUAAGCUCUGCAGCUCCUUCCCUGCCCUUGGGAGCAGGCGCAGGGCUGACUGCAGGGCGUGCGGAAGGGACUGGCAGCAGAUCAAAGCCCCGGCCUUGUUGCUGUGACCUGCGUGCCCAAGCCUCUUCCUCUUCCCCCUGGCACGAAGGGUUCCGGAGCCGGCCAGGAUGGCGCAGUGGAACCAACUGCAGCAGCUCGACACGCGGUACCUGGAGCAGCUCCACCAGCUUUACAGCGACAGCUUCCCCAUGGAGCUGCGGCAGUUUCUGGCCCCGUGGAUUGAGAGCCAGGACUGGGCAUACGCUGCUAACAAGGAGUCCCACGCCACGCUGGUGUUCCACAACCUGCUGGGGGAGAUCGACCAGCAGUACAGCCGCUUCCUGCAGGAGUCCAACGUCUUGUACCAGCACAACCUGCGGCGCAUCAAGCAGUUCCUGCAGAGCAGAUAUUUGGAGAAGCCGAUGGAAAUAGCCCGCAUCGUGGCCCGCUGCCUGUGGGAAGAGUCACGGCUCCUCCAGACAGCUGCAACCGCAGCCCAGCAAGGGGGACAGGCGACACAUCCAACAGCAGCUGUAGUGACAGAAAAGCAGCAGAUGCUGGAGCAGCAUCUGCAGGAUGUAAGGAAGAGAGUGCAGGAUCUGGAGCAGAAGAUGAAAGUGGUGGAGAAUCUCCAGGAUGACUUUGAUUUUAACUACAAGACUUUGAAAAGCCAAGGAGACAUGCAGGAUCUGAAUGGAAACAAUCAGUCAGUGACGCGUCAGAAAAUGCAGCAGCUGGAACAGAUGCUCACAGCACUGGACCAGAUGCGAAGGGGUAUCGUGAGUGAGCUGGCAGGGCUGCUGUCAGCCAUGGAGUAUGUGCAGAAGAUGCUGGCAGAUGAGGAGCUGGCAGACUGGAAGAGACGGCAACAAAUUGCCUGCAUUGGUGGCCCACCAAAUAUCUGCUUAGACCGGCUUGAGAACUGGAUAACCUCUCUUGCUGAAUCACAGCUACAGACCCGGCAGCAGAUCAAGAAACUGGAAGAGCUGCAGCAGAAGGUGUCCUACAAGGGUGACCCAAUUGUCCAACACCGGCCAAUGCUGGAGGAGCGGAUCGUGGAGCUGUUCAGGAACCUGAUGAAAAGUGCUUUUGUGGUGGAGAGGCAGCCCUGCAUGCCCAUGCAUCCUGACCGGCCUCUGGUCAUCAAAACCGGUGUGCAGUUCACCACCAAAGUCAGAUUGUUGGUGAAGUUCCCGGAGCUGAACUAUCAGCUGAAAAUCAAAGUCUGCAUUGACAAGGACUCUGGUGAUGUUGCAGCACUUCGGGGGUCCCGGAAGUUUAACAUCCUGGGGACAAACACCAAGGUCAUGAACAUGGAGGAGUCGAAUAACGGCAGCCUUUCAGCAGAGUUCAAGCACCUGACGCUGCGGGAACAGCGGUGUGGUAAUGGAGGCAGAGCCAACUGCGAUGCCUCACUGAUUGUGACUGAGGAGCUGCAUCUCAUCACCUUUGAGACUGAGGUGUACCACCAGGGGCUGAAGAUCGAUCUGGAGACCCACUCACUGCCAGUGGUUGUCAUCUCAAACAUCUGCCAGAUGCCUAAUGCCUGGGCAUCCAUCCUGUGGUACAACAUGCUGACCAACAACCCCAAGAACGUGAACUUCUUCACCAAGCCACCCAUUGGGACGUGGGACCAGGUGGCAGAGGUGCUGAGCUGGCAGUUCUCCUCUACCACAAAGCGUGGUCUCAGCAUUGAGCAGCUGACAACCCUGGCAGAAAAACUUCUAGGGCCAGGUGUGAACUAUUCUGGCUGUCAGAUCACCUGGGCCAAGUUCUGCAAGGAGAACAUGGCUGGCAAAGGCUUCUCCUUCUGGGUCUGGCUGGACAACAUAAUUGACUUGGUGAAGAAAUAUAUCCUGGCGCUGUGGAAUGAAGGGUACAUCAUGGGGUUCAUCAGCAAGGAGCGGGAGCGAGCCAUCCUGAGCACCAAGCCUCCAGGAACCUUCCUGCUGCGCUUCAGCGAGAGCAGCAAGGAGGGUGGCAUCACCUUCACGUGGGUGGAGAAGGACAUCAGUGGAAAGACUCAGAUCCAGUCUGUGGAACCUUACACCAAACAGCAGCUGAACAGCAUGUCAUUUGCGGAAAUCAUCAUGGGCUACAAAAUCAUGGAUGCCACCAACAUUCUGGUGUCUCCCCUGGUGUAUCUGUACCCGGACAUCCCGAAAGAGGAGGCAUUUGGGAAGUACUGCCGCUCUGAGAGCCAGGAACACUCAGAAGCUACUGACUCAGGUAGUGCUGCUCCAUACCUGAAGACAAAGUUCAUCUGUGUCACCCCCACCUCCUUCAGCAAUACCAUUGACCUGCCCAUGUCCCCACGCACUCUGGACUCGCUCAUGCAGUUUGGCAACAGUAGCGAGGGAGCAGAGGCCAACGCAGGAGGGCAGUUUGAGUCUCUGACCUUCGACAUGGAGCUGACCCAGGAGUGUGCUUCUUCACCGAUGUGACGCGCUGUGCUGGCGCCUGCAGGACCUGCGUGGCUCCAAAUCAAUCUCAGUCACAUUUGCUCUGGGCCUUUUCUCGGGAGGAGCUGGGGGCUGUGAUCCUUGCCACUGAUUCCUUGUUUUACCCAAACAAACAGGCACCUCACUGCUGCGGUGCUGUUUGCCUCUCUGGUAGAAAGGGGUUGAACCUUCUUCUAUUUCCUUCCAUAACAGUUUUUUAUUAUUGUUUUGCUCAUUCAAGUGCCUAUUAGCCUCCGAUUGCAGCCUCACUUUUUACAAAUGCUUCUGCAGUCCCUAUUGUGCUGCCUGCUGUUGAAAGCUGCUUUCUUGACUGCCAGUGUCUGGAAGCCCACAGUCCCAUGAGCCUGGGUCUGAAAGGGCAUCAGCCAGACCCAGUCUCCUUCGGGUGAUCUGCUGUGCCGUGCAGCAGCUGCCCAGCAGCUCUCAGAACCUGCAGAGGGAUCUCAUCUCUGUUUUUCCUUCGCCCCACUUGUGGCCCAGAGGGCAGUGAAUGACACUGUGCUGCAGGGUGCAGGAGCCCAUGGGUGGUGUGGAGGGCUUUGCUGUGCUCUGCCAGGAGCAGGGAGAUGCAGUGCUUACUGCUGCCUUCCUGCUGUGGGCAGAGGCAGGGCCAGAUCCAGCAGCCCUGGGCACUGCUGCUUUCUCUGUGCUGCAGGGUCCUGGGGAAGGGCAGGGAAGCAUCCUAGCAGCAGUGUGUGCUUGUGAACACACAGCAUCUGCAUCUUCAGUCCUUUUUAGGACCAGGAGGCUGCUCCUGCCCCCAGCUGGCCCUUGGCCAGACUCAUGACAGGAGCACAACUGUUUUCCCUGUGCAGAGUGAGACCCUUCAGACAGGGGAGCAGGGGCUGCUGCUGUCCAAUAUGCCCUGCAGUGGGUGACCGGGCUCUCUGGUACAGCAUAUGAUGUCCCAGGUAGUGGGUUUGCAGCUUCUCAGGGGCUUUGUGUGGCACUUUGUUGGAGGUUGGCAAUCACUGUUAAGUUAGGAGGUGGCAAGGGUUGAAGAAAGGAUGGGCAAAGGGAGAGGAAUCUGCUGGGGGGCAGCAGCAGCAGCCAUGGGUGUGUUGGUGUGGCAGGCAGUGAGGCUGCUUGUGCUGGAGGUCAGGGAAGGUUGUUCUGUAUUUACCCAAGUGUAGGGAGCCCUCCUGUCCUUUCCAGGCAUGGGCUUUGGUUCCAUCCCUGAGCAAAGAUGUGAGGGAGCGGCAGUGUGAGAGUCGCGUGCUUCCCCAGAGCAGCAGGAUGCCCCAUGCAGUAAGGUGGGGGUAUGGAGCAGCAUGGGGCAGGGCUGUGGGACACAGCAGCCGUGGGUAAUACCAGCAGAGAAACUUCUGGGCACCAGCACAGGGCUGUGAUAGUGUUGGUGCUCUGGCUGCAGAUGCUCUGUUGUCUGUACCCGUAGCAAUGCUGUGGUGCAGGGGGGGACCCUGUCCAGCAUCUUCAGUGCGUGGUUCCAGUUUUUCUACCCAGAAAUGACACUGGGAUGCACAGGCAGCCCUCCUGCACUUGUGGACAGCAUUGCUCCAAGUCCAUCAGCUGUGCAGGAAGCUGGGGCAGUGCCAAAAACAGCACCCACCUGUGCCCCCUCACUGCGGGGAGGGGACUGCGGCCCCUGGGCAGCACCAGACACGGUGUGAGGGCAGGACAGAGAUCACGGGGCUGCCCAUGGGCACAGGGCAGUGGCCCUUUGCAGUUAGUAGGUGCUCAGAGGGAAUAAAGCCUGUUGCUCGUCCCUGUGCUGGCGUGUCGCUGCCAUCAACGGAGCCCCUGGCCCACAUUCAAAACUGUAAAAAAUUUUUAUUUUUUUGUAUAUUUUAUUGCUGUAUCUACAGGCUUCGACUUUCUCCAAAAUAAAGGCUCUGAAGCAGCCC